AUGGCCCCAAUCUUCACCCCAUGGCCCCCAUCUUCACCCCAUGGCCCCCACCUUCACCCCAUGGCCCCCACCUUCACCUCGGCCCCCCAUCUUCACCCCAUGGCCCCCAUCUUCACCCCAUGGCCCCCACCUUCACCCCAUGGCCCCCAUCUUCACCCCAUGGCCCCCACCUUCACCCCAUGGCCCCCAUCUUCACCCCAUGGCCCCCAUCUUCACCCCAUGGCCCCCACCUUCACCUCGGCCCCCCCAUCUUCACCCCAUGGCCCCCAUCUUCACCCCAUGGCCCCCAUCUUCACCCCAUGGCCCCCACCUUCACCUCGGCCCCCCAUCUUCACCCCAUGGCCCCCAUCUUCACCCCAUGGCCCCACUUCGUCCUGCUCCCACAAUUUUCAAGUUAAAGGAUUGCGACGCCCCUGA